UUUAUUUAAAAUAAAGCUGUUUAUUUGGCACUUCUGGGCAGCUCUUUUUUGAAGAACCACAGCAAUGGGUGGCUUUGGAGCCCAUCUUCGAAGGAAUCAAUUCAUCCUCCUGGUGCUCUUUCUUUUGCAAAUUCAGAGUCUGGGUCUGGACGUUGAUAGUCGUCCUACGACUGAAGUCUGUGCCACACACACAGUUUCACCAGGACCCAAAGGAGAUGAGGGUGAAAAAGGAGAUCCAGGAGAGGAGGGAAAGCAUGGCAAAGUGGGACGCAUGGGGCCGAAAGGAAUUAAAGGAGAACUGGGUGAUGUAGGAGACCAAGGCAAUAUUGGCAAGACCGGGCCCAUUGGCAAGAAGGGUGACAAAGGGGAAAAGGGUUUGCCUGGGAUACGUGGAGGAAAAGGCAAAGCAGGGACUGUCUGUGAUUGCGGAAGAUACCGAAAAGUUGUUGGACAACUGGAUAUCAGUGUGGCUCGCCUCAAGACAUCGAUGAAGUUUGUCAAGAAUGUCAUAGCAAGGAUUCGGGAAACCGAAGAGAAAUUCUACUACAUCGUUCAGGAGGAAAAGAACUACAGGGAAUCCCUGACCCACUGCCGGAUCCGGGGUGGAAUGCUAGCCAUGCCGAAGGACGAAGCUGCCAACACGCUCCUGGCAGACUACGUCUCCAAGAGUGGCUUCUUCCGGGUGUUCAUCGGGGUGAAUGACCUCGAGAGAGAGGGCCAGUAUGUGUUCACCGACAACACUCCACUGCAGAACUACAGCAACUGGAAGGAGGGUGAGCCCAGCGACCCCUACGGCCACGAGGACUGCGUGGAAAUGCUGAGUUCAGGCCGGUGGAAUGACACAGAGUGCCAUCUUACCAUGUACUUUGUCUGUGAGUUUGUCAAGAAGAAAAAGUAACUUCCCCCUUGCUGCACAGUUGUCAUUUCCCUGUGACUACCAUGGCAGUUAUUUUUAUCCACCUUUUUCUGGCUAAUUACACUAAAUUCAUUCUGACUCAAGGCAAGUGAGAAAUGCUAGACUGAGGUUUGCAAUCUCCAUCGCCAUGCUCGUCCAUGACGAUUUUGAACAUUUUCAUACACGGUAUGGUAUUGAGCCAUAAGCUCACCAGGUUAUGGGUCCCAAGAGAGAGUUUGAAUUACUAGCUGUGCAGGAGGUGGUUGUCUGUGUCUCAAAUGAAAGUCUCUCUUGGCAUUUGCUCUGCCACCUCUCCCUAGAGCCAUAAACCACUGUCUGUCUAGCCCAGUGGAUAAUUGGAUAGUUGGCUGGGGAUGAUUAGGCUCCAAGCCAGGCAUAUGAGAGGCUCUUCUCUUAGGAAUGUCAAGGUAUUAUCUGUCUUUGAACCCAAAAUCCCCAAUUCUUUGACCCAAUCCACCAUGGCCAUAGCCACACAUGCAAGGUCCUCUUCUUUGCAUAGACUCAGAAAUACUUCAACUCUAAGCCUCUAUAUGAGGAACUUCUAGCCUAGUGCCCUGUUCCAGACCAUAUGGAAUCAUACAGAUAACUUUUGUUCUUCUGGUUGACAGCCUUCACUGAAGUAUACCAAGCCUUGGCCCCCUUUCUGUAGGCCCACAGGUUAAUUCCAGGCCUCCAGAUAUUAACCCUCUGAUCUGAGGAAAAGGGAACUCUAGAAAUUGAAAAGAAAAAAAGAAAAGGUUAGCUCCCACACAAUAUCAUUUAUAAUCCUCCUGUUAAAUUGUCCCCUUCUAUUAAUAUGGCUCCAUUUUUCCUCAUCUUAAGUUUAUCCAUAGCAACUUUUCUCCCCUUGGGCAUGGAGAAUGAAGGAAAGGGUUUGUGAAGCCUUCAGAAAACUCUAGAAGCUUCAGGGUGCUACCAACACCAAGUCUCUAAGACCCUUCUCUGCCUCUAAUAUAUCAUGCACGGUGACAUUUUGUGGGAGGCCCUUUAUUCUCUGUAACUGUAUGUUGUAAAAAUCUCACAUCAGUGAUGCUUUCAAGUACUAUGACAUCGCAAGAAUGUGUCAAGUGUGGAGUUUGGAACAUGCCUGAGACUCACAUUUACUAAGCUGGUAAAAUUCUACUUUGAACUGCAGAUCAAACCUCAAAGCAGCUCUAAAUUGAAAUUUAAAAAUAAAAAUUCAACAAAACCCUAGAUUAUCCCCUUAUAAACUGCUGCUCCAGUUAUAGUUUGUGACAUAUAAUUAGACGUUUAAAAUGCUGGCAAAACAGUUAAUGAAGUAAGAGAAACAGAUCAACAACAUAUGUUCACCUUAAACCACCUGUCUAUGAUUUCAACCAUGACUAACCGGUUAUGAGAUAGGACUUAAUUAGGUUAUUUCUGUGAGUUUAUUGAGGGUCACAAACUCAGGUUCUACAGAGGCCAUACAGAUGACAUAAAUAAAUGAAAUGGAGCAGGUGGGGAUCCUGGGACACUGAACACAGCUUGCCCUCCCAAAGGAACCAGCUGCUUCUCAGUCACUGCUGUUUUUGCCAUGGAGGACCCAAUGUUGCUACAUGUUCUGAUAUUUAAGAGAAGUCAGAAAGCUGGAACUUUAUAAGAUACCUUUAUAUUUUUAAAUGUUGGCAACUAAUCAAUUCUUAAUCCACAUUCUAAGUUAUACAAAACAGUCUGCUAACCAAAAUUGUGACCUUUCCACUUCUCACCUCUGGGGAAAAGUUCUGAAGGUUCUAACUGUGUAGGAUGUCAUUAGGGCACAGUGACAUCAAAGUCAAGAUCUCCCAUUUAUGCCUCAUUCAAUUCAGCUCAUAACAGGACUUCAGUCAAUGUUUGUCAUUCCUCAGGUUAAUAGAUUAGUUACUAAUUCAGACUUUUGAGAAUGUGGCAUAUUUUGAACGCAGGGCAAUUAAAUCAAAAUGACAAAGCAGGACACCAUAUCAAAUCCAGUAUCCUGGGGUAGAAUGCCAGCCAAGAGCUUGAGGAACAAGAAUCUAGAAGCACCUAGAGGAAAAGAAAGGGAUUAGAAAAGAGGAGAGAGGGAACAGACAGUAAACAUUGCCUAUGGGCAGCUCACACCGGGAUCCAUAUUCUGAUUUGUUCUAAGCCCCCCAAGAAUGAAUAUUAAUUGUGUGUACUGUCCAUGCUAUUCUAAUUUCUAUUAUGAUUAUUAUAAUAAUAGCAACAUUUCUCUCAAUGACUCAUCGUUGCUGCCAGUGCUUCCAAGAGAAGAUGACAGAGUUUCAAAGAUAGGAUUCAUCCUGAGACCUGGCCUGGGAGAAAUUUUGAAGGCACCACACACUUAAUUAGAUUUGCUAUAAAACUUACUUUGUGCUUUACAGAAUAAAUGCCUUCACAUAACAUU